AUGACAAAUAUUACAUACUAUGCCAAUGUGAAGAAUUAUUCAGAAGCUGUUCCUGGUCUCCCCACAUCAUAUGCUGCUAUCCUAAGAAUCAAAUCUGGUAGUUCAUCUUUAGCCUCAUUUAAUUCAAAGAACAGACCACGAUUAAGCAGUCCUUCAUUAGGAAGUGUAUCUUCACCAGGCUGGAGAGGAACCACACAACAUUAUCACUCCCCGACAAAUCUCUACCACUUCUCAGAUACCUUCAAACAUGAUGAAAGUGUUGAUUAUGGGCCGGUGUUUGUACAAGAGCCAGAUGAUAUGAUUUUUCCAACUGAUUCUGAGGAAAAGAAACUGUCCCUGAAUUGUCAAGCACGUGGAAAUCCUGCUCCCACCUACAGAUGGCUUCGAAAUGGAACUGAAAUCGACAUUGAAAGUGAUUAUCGCUUCAGUUUAAUAGAAGGGAGCUUGAUCAUCAGCAACCCCAGUGAAAUGAAAGAUUCUGGACAGUACCAAUGUUUAACGACCAACAUGUUUGGCAGUAUUUUAAGCAGAGAGGCUGUUCUUCAGUUUGCAUAUCUGGGAAAUUUUAGUGGUCGGACAAGAAGUGCUGUAUCUGUACGUGAAGGUCAAGGAGUUGUUCUGAUGUGCUCCCCUCCACUUCAUUCUCCAGAGAUCAUCUAUAGCUGGGUAUUUAAUGAAUUCCCAUCUUUUGUGGCAGAAGACAGCAGGCGUUUCAUCUCUCAGGAGACAGGCAAUCUCUACAUAUCCAAGGUGCAAACAUCCGAUGUUGGCAGCUACAUAUGCCUGGUGAAAAAUACAGUGACAAACGCCAGAGUUUUGAGUCCUCCUACGCCUCUGACACUGAGAAACGAUGGUGUGAUGGGGGAAUAUGAACCAAAAAUUGAAGUCCAUUUUCCUUACAUACUUACAGCUGCAAGGGGAACUACUGUUAAGAUGGAGUGUUUUGCACUUGGAAACCCUGUUCCAACAAUCUCUUGGAGGAAGGUUAAUGGUCAUAAUCCAAGUAAAGCUCGCCUGAGAAAAUCCCAAGCUGUGCUUGAAAUACCUAAUGUGCAGCUAGAGGACUCAGGAAUGUAUGAAUGUAAGGCUGAAAACUCUCGUGGAAGAAAUGUCUUCAGAGGACAGCUACAAGUAUACACCUACCCACACUGGGUGGAGAAACUCAAUGACACCCAAUUAGACAGUGGAGAUCAGCUCCGAUGGGAAUGCAAAGCCACUGGAAAGCCAAGGCCCACUUAUCGCUGGCUGAAAAAUGGAGUUCCUCUCUGGCCACAGAGCAGGAUUGAGAUGAUUAAUGGUGUUCUGAUGAUCCAUAGUGUGAAUGUCUCAGAUGCUGGAAUGUAUCAGUGCUUAGCAGAAAAUAAGUAUGGUACGAUUUAUGCCAGUGCUGAGCUGAAGAUUUUAGCUUCAGCUCCCACUUUCCCACUCAAUCAAAUGAGGAAAACAAUAAUUGUUACCAAAGGCCAAGAAGUUGUCAUUGAGUGCAAGCCAGAAGCCUCUCCAAAGCCAACUAUCACUUGGAAGAAAGGCGACAAAGUGUUAAGGGAGAAUAAGAGGAUAAUGGUUCUUCCACAUGGGAGUCUGCGAAUCCUGAAUGCUUCCAAGUCUGAUGAAGGGCGGUAUUUAUGUCAAGGUGUAAAUAUAUUUGGAUCUGCAGAAAUCAUUGCAUCAGUAUCUGUUAAAGAGCCUACAAGAAUAGAGCUGACUCCCAAGAAGAUUGAGUUAACAGUUGGAGAGAGCAUCGUCCUCAGCUGCAAAGCCCUUCAUGACAGCACAAUGGAUGUCACCUUCUACUGGACGCUCAAUGGGCAGCCAAUUGACUUUGAGAAAGAGGGUGGACACUUUGAAAGCAUCAAGGCACAAGCGUCCUCUGCAGAUUUAAUGAUCAGGAACAUCCUCCUGAUGCACGCUGGGAGAUAUGGUUGCAGGGUCCAGACCGCAGCGGACACCGUGUCAGAUGAGACAGAGCUGCUUGUUAGGGGUCCUCCUGGUCCCCCAGGGGUUGUAAUAGUGGAGGAAAUUACAGACACAACAGCAACACUCUCCUGGAGUCCUGGGGCAGACAAUCACAGCCCUAUCUCCCUCUACAACCUGCAAGCACGCAGUCCAUUUUCUCUUGGCUGGCAGACCGUAAAAACAGUUCCAGAUCUGAUAAGUGGUGACAUGGAGUCUGCUAUGGCUGUGGAACUGAACCCUUGGGUGGAGUAUGAGUUCAGAGUAGUAGCAACCAAUAAAAUUGGGACUGGAGACCCAAGUGCACCAUCGCGAGUGAUCAGAACCAAUGAAGCAGUGCCAAAGACACCUCCAGCUAACGUGAGUGGCAGAAGUGGAAGGCGACAUGAAUUAGUAAUAGCAUGGGAGCCAGUGUCAGAAGAGUUUCAGAGUGGAGAAGGAUUUGGAUAUAUUGUAGCCUUCAGACCCAAUGGAACGCGUGGGUGGAAGGAAAAAAUGGUGACAUCUUCAGAUGCCUCAAAAUUCAUCUACAGAGAUGAAAGUGUCCCACCGCUGACACCUUUUGAGGUGAAAGUUGGUGUUUACAACAACAAAGGAGAUGGUCCCUUCAGCCCUAUUGUGGUCAUCUGCUCAGCUGAAGGAGAACCCACUGCUGCUCCCAUCGAUGUCAAAGCUACGAGUUUAUCUGUAUCAGAGAUUCUUGUUGCGUGGAAACAUAUUAAAGAAAGUCUAGGAAGACCACAGGGAUUCGAGGUUGGUUACUGGAAGGACAUGCAGCAGGAAGAAGCAGCAGAAAAGGUCAAAACAGAGGGAAAUGAGUCAUCCCUCCUCCUGACAGGAUUAGAAGGAAACACAUUAUAUCACCUAACAGUGAGGGCAUACAAUGCUGCAGGGUAUGGACCACCUAGCACUGCUGUGCAUGCAGCAACCAAGAAAUCCCCUCCCAGCCAAGCACCAGGCAAUAUUAUGUGGAUACAGGAUGGCUCACAUGUGUCUCUUGGGUGGGAGCCAGUCAGACCUCUAGCUAAUGAAUCUGAUGUAAUGGGAUACAAGGUGUUAUUUCGGCAAGAGGGCCAGAGCAAUAGCCAAGUUAUAGAAACACAGAAAACCUCUGCAGUGGUACUUCUUCCUGAUGUUGGGGUCUACAUCAUUGAGGUCUGUGCAGUCAGUGAAGGAGGGGACGGUACUGCAAGUCCCCAGAUCAGAGUUCCAUCUUUUUCAGGAGGGAAAGUAACAAGUGCUCAGUCCACCUUACAUGUGUUGUCUACUUCCUCAUCCUCUGUAACACUGCUUUUGGCAUUGAUGGUACCUUUGACCUCAUGGUGAAGGCUGCAGAAUUUGUUGAUGUUGUUAUUUGUUUUCUUUAACUUGAUGACACCAAGGGAUGGAGUUUUAUGUCUGUGGAGAAACUGAAAACUCAAGCUAAUACUUAAAGACCCAUCAAAAUGCCUGUGCUGCACUUAGAGGAGUGUUGGAGACACGGUCGAUAAUUCAUCAGGUUUUUAUCUCUUCUUUAUUUGUAAAAGUCCUCUGGGGAGGAGACCCUUCUUGGCCCAAAGAUA